AUGUCGCAAGAUUUUGCGUCUUUGGCUCCAAUGCGAGUUCGAAACGAUUCCGUCGAGUCUUCAAUGGCUACUUGUAAGUUUUUGGUCAAUAUUAACUACCUUUUCUGAUAUAUUUUUAUUGUAAAUUUAUUUAGAAUACUUUAAGCAAGGUUUUAAAAGGUUUUAAGUUAGCUUUUCAAUUGGUUUGAUUUAGAUAUCGCAAAGCAAAUGGGAGAAACAGACAGCCAGGCAUUGGCGGCCGAAGAUGAACAAUUUAACAAGUUUAUGAACAACGAAAUCUCUUACGAUGAAUAUUUAAAGUUGAAUGGAGGUGCUUCUAGUUCAGGCGAGCUUACUUCUUCUCAAAGCCAAGACGAUCGCGAACUUAUGCCACCUCCAACUUCACCAACCAAAAAAGUAUGUUAUCCUUAAUAUUUUCAUUGUUGUUUAAGGUUUAGGCACUUUAUUCUUCUAAUAUUGUAACUAUCAGCUAGAAAAAUGUAUAAUCUAACUACAUUUUACAGAAAAGCCGAAGAGCCAAGCCAAAACCACCGCCGAUCGAAGCUUUGUUCGCUAACAAUGACCUACCAGCGGAGAUUCGAAACAACGUUAGAAUCGAUUCAGAAUCUGGGGAAUUUGUGUUUUCUGGCACGGUAAGUUGAUUUUUAUAUUAUUAUUUUCUUUUUAGAUGAAUGUCGGGACAAAAGAGCCAGUGGUGGCUGACGGAGAAGUCGCGGGGCCUUCAAAGCCACCUAAAAUAAGGAGGUCGAACAAGUAAGAUUAUUUUGAUGUAAUUCUUGUUGUUUUGGGUUUCAAAAGGUUUUUAUUGUGAUGCGCUAGGUUUUGAACUAAAGCUUUUUUGCAAAAUAUAGGUUUUUUAUGCUUUGUGAUAUUAUCCAUGGUACUUUAGAUGAAUAAUAUUCAUUUUUUUGUGUUGUAAAAAAAUAUUCAACUAAAAAAGCCAAUUUUAGAGCAAUUGAUGGUCUGAUGGGUCAAGCUAACGUAGCCUGUGCCAAUCAGCGGUUUGAUGAAGCGUUGGAACUUCUGAAGGAGGCGAUUCGUCAAGAACCUCGAGAAUCAGAUCCAUAUCAACAAAUUGCGGACAUUUAUCUUGAUUUGGGCGAUGAAGUAAAGAGUCUGGAGUUCCGAUUGUUAGCUUAUCAUCUUAGUCAUCGUGCUUCAGCUGUAGAGUGGGCCGAAGUUGGGGAAACGGCCGUGAAGUUGGAACGAUUGGAAGUGGCAGCUGCUUGUUAUGGCAAUGGUAAGAUGUGAAGGUUUUUGAUAUGAAAAAAGAUACGAAAAUUUAUACUAUAUUUUUAAAAAGAUAUAAAAGUGUUUUGAGACGAAAUAUGUUGUUGUAGCGAUCCGUUGCGAGCCAGGGAACUGGUUGUAUUAUGAGAAGCGCAUUGAACUCUUGGAGACCUUAGGGCUAAUCAAGUUUGCCAUGAAGAUCCGGCUUCAAGCAGCUCAAGCCAUUGAUUGUAAGGCUUCGAAUGUGGAUUUCGAAUGGAUGCAGAGGCUGAUUCAGACGGUAAGCUAUCCGAAACUUGUUAUUUAUUACCUAAUUUUAGGCUGCUGAGCACUAUAUCGACUGUUUGGACGAAGAAAAAGCUACAGAAGCUUUGAAAAUUUUUUUGUUACGAUGUCAUGAGUUCAGAAGAAUGGCUGAUGUUCAACAUUUGGCUUUGUUGGGUGAGUAACUUUAAGGAACGAGGGUUUGGUCGAUUUUCAAAGCUAAAGAUAUAAUUUUAGGUAUGUGGAUGGGUAGAAAGAAGUAUGAUGAAUGUUUGAAAUCAAUCUUGGCUUUAUGUGAAGAUGUCAAGGCUUAUAAUGAUGAAAACAAGGCUUUUAUACAGGUAAAUUUGAUUUAAAAAAAAUAUUUUUAAAAAAUUUUAAAUUUUAAAAAAUUAAAAAAAAAUUUUUGAAAUUUUCUAAUUGAAAACUUCAUUUCAGAUCACAGUAAGCCACCACGGCUACACCUUCAACCCUCCGGACAGUUUGAGCAAGAUCGCCAAGAUCGAGGUACCAGGCACAUUCAGCACCUUAAUGAUAGCCAAAUCAGUCAUCUGCCUACAACACCUCGGCUACCUAAAACCAAUAAAAAACCUACUAGAUGUGCUAUUAACCAGAGCUCUUCACAACGAAGACGAGAUCAACGCCUGUAUCGAGAUUGGCAAGACCUUCCAUCAACUCGAGUACUUCAAUAAUGGAGUCCAGUUCAUGGAGAAGCUAGUACAGACUGAUGUCUUUUCUCAACAUCCAGAGGUAUUACAUCUUUGUGGACUGUUUGAACAGGCUAGGAAUAACCUGGACAAGGCUUUGGAGUAUUUUAAGAAUGUGCUGGAGAUUCAGCCAAGCUUUGUCAAUGCCAGGAUCAGUUUAUCAACGGUGUUGCAGAAGCUAGGCAGGUCAGAAGAUGCGCUACAGGUCUUAAUGGACUAUGAUUUGGAUCUGUGUACUCAGCUACCGGUAAGGCUUUUUGUUUUGGGCUGGUUAGGAGGGGGCGGGGAAGGUAUGAGAGGGUAAGUGACUGUAAUAGGUGGGGGCUGGUAUUGGUUUGUAUUUUUAACCUUGGGGAGGGGGGCUGAAAAUAUGUUUAGCACAGUUUAAAAGUCAUGAUAAUACUUUAUUGAACUCGACUUUAGGACGAACGACUACUAAUCCGACAAGCUGAAGCCCUGAAGAACCAUCAGCAAGUAGAACAAUAUAUCAGAUGCCUUCGAAUGCUUCUCAUCCCUUACUUUUACCCAAUCUACAAGUUUCAAAACUUUGCCAAACGAUCGCGGACCAAAUUGGGUAGGUAAAAUACGAGGUUUUUUCUACAUCAUUAAAAAUUUUAUUAUUUAGGUAGUAAACUUUGGAUUUUAAGGAAAAAAUGGCUAAAAAUUUAAAUUUUAGAUCACAAAAUAGUCAGAACACACGUUUUUAGGUAACAAACUGAUUAAAAAUCUGUAUUUUAGGUAACAAAAUUAACAAAAGUUCGAUUAUUAGCUAAAAAAUGGCCAAAAAUUCGAUUUUUAGGUAAUAAAACAGCAAAAAAAUUAGAAUUGUAGGCAAUAGAGCAGCCAAAUAGUAGGUUUUUAGGUAACAAAAUUAACAAAAGUUUGAUUUUUAGGUAACAGAACAGCAAAAAAUUAGAUUUUUAGGUAACAAAAUCACAAACAGUUAGAAAUGUAGGUAUCAAAAUAGGAAAAAAUUAGAAUUUUAGGUAACAAAAUAGCCAUAAAUUAGGUUUUUGGGUAACAAAGCAGCAAAAAAAUAAGUUUUUAGGUAACAAAAUGGUCAAAAUUGCGAUCUUAAAAUAACAAAACAGCAUAAAAUUAGAUUUUUAGGUAACAAAAUCACAAACAGUUAGGUUUUUAGGUAACAAUAUUGCAAAAAAUUUGCGUUUUCUGCGUUAAAAUACCAAGAAUUUGAAAAAAAACUUAAGCUUACUAGACCUAACUUAACUAAAAACAGUACUUAGUUUACCUAAAGUAACAAUACUUUAGUCCACCUAAAAUACUAUAUUUUAGUCCAAUGCUCCAUCCUCUACCGCACAAUGAUCGAAGUAAUGCGAGGCUCUCAAAUAGAACGCUUAAUCAAACGCCUGGGGGCAAUAGCCUAUUCGGAGGAACGGCCGACGGGAUCGUUAAGCACAAACGAUCUACACGACUACUGCCUGAGGCUGGUCGAAGCUCUACACGAAACUGAGAGAUACGUGGAAAUGGCAGAGAUUGUCUACUUGGCCAAUAUGCAACCAGAACUUCAGAAGACUACGAUAACAACGUUCUUGAAUCUGAUACUGUAUGUCUCGAUCAAGGCUAGGCAUUACAGUGUGACUUUUGAAUAUUUGAGGAACUUGUAUUCGAAUAUGCCGGUAGGUUUUUUAAAAUAUUAAGGUCAUUCAAAUAAUAUUGUGUCCUCUCUGAAAAAAAGUUUUUAUGUCUAGUGGGCGCAGAAUUAUUUGAACAAUCAAAUGGCUAGUUUUGGGUGGAAAAAGAGGAUUGUUUUUGCUAGUUUGUUACCUAAAAACUAGUUUUUUGGCUAAUUUUUGCUAUUUUGUUACCUAAAAAUCUAAAUUUAGGCUAUUUUGAUACCUAAAAACCUAUUUUUUACUAUUUUGUUACCUAAAAAUUUAAUUUUUGACCGUUUUAUCACCUAAAAUUCUAACUUUUUGCUAUUUCACUACUUAAAAAUUGAUUUUGCGCUAUCUUGUUACCUAAAAAUUUUAUUUUUUGCCAUUUUGUUACAUAAACUUUUACAUAUUUUUUAUUUGUGCCAUGAUUUCAGGGCCGAUUACUAGCCAUGGAAUCGGAAGAGAAGCUAAACUAUCAAGAACGCAUCUACAACGCCAUGAACUACGUCUUCUGCAAGAAUCAGAACAUUGCCUACCACAGAUUCAUAAUGAGAGCCGAAGCUAAAUCACCGUUAGAGCCACAGCUUCAAAUGAUUUCAGGCAAUAAUUCGUUGGUAACAGGAUCAUAUCGCCACGCCCUAAGUGAAUAUCUAAAGCUGUGGAUUGAAAAUCCAGAAGACCCAGAGGUGUGUCUUCUGAUUGGCCUGACAUUCAUUCAUAUGUCAUGCAAGAGGGACAUUAGCAGUCGGCAAAUGUUGGCUAUUAGGGUAGGUUUUUUUGUUUUCUGAAUGAGGGGGUGAGUGAGGGCUAAGAGGUAGGUUUUUUUAGGGAGGAAAGGUGGAGGCGAAAUUCUAAAAAAAAUUUUUGGGCGGGGUAAUUUUUUAGGGAUGGGGGUGGAUUUCAAACAAACGUUUUUUCAAAAAAAAGGUUUAAUUGUUAUGGGCAUGGCAUUGCCACUAAUUUUUUGUGGGGCGUGGUAUUUUUUAAGGGUGGGGGUGGAUUUCGAAAAAAAAUUUUUUUUUGAAAAUUUGGAUAUAGGGCUUUGGACUUUAAUUUAAUUGUAUAUAUUAUGUCGAUGGAGGACUGAUUAUGGUCGGGGUGGAUUUUUGUUUCAAUUUUGGGUUUAAAAAAUCAACAGGGGGACCAAGUUCAAUUUUUUGAUAAAAUUUUUUUUAAAUUCAAAUUUAAAACUGAAAAACGUUGAAUUUUCUUACAAAACCUUUAUUCCUUUCCAGGGCAUGGCAUUCUUCACGAAAUACAAAAAGUUCCGCGACGGUCCACCUCAAGAAGUCAUGUACAAUAUGGCUCGAAUGCUCCACCAAAUCGGCAUCAUGCCUGGCGCAAUCCACUUUUACGAAAAGGUCCUCUACGAAACCGAACCCCCAAUGGUACUGAACGAGAAUGGCGAAAUCGAGGUGGGUACGAGGUACGACCUAAAACGGCUAGCCGCCCAUAAUUUGGCUUUGAUUUAUCAAUCAAGUGGUAACACGGCCAUGGCACGGAAUAUCUUGGACAGUUAUUGUGUUAUUGACUGA